UCUGAGGAGUGGCACUGUCAUCUUAUAUGUCGGUAGAGUUGGCCUCAUUUGCCUCAACCUUGCCAGUUGCCACAAAAGAGGCGGUUGUCGUCUACCACCGCAGCGAUACGGCCUACAUCUCGCAGGUUUGCCUGCACGAGAUGGAUUUGUCCUCUCUGCUCCAGACCAUGAAGCCUCUGAGCUAGCUGCUUAUUAUGGAUCAGUUUUGGGAAUGUUCUUCAGUCAAGUUCUUGUUCUACUGCUUUGUUUGCUUAGAGCAGCUGUUUUAGCUCUAAGCAGCCGUGCUCCUUGGCCAAUACUAGUUGUAAAAGGAAUCGAGUCACUCCUAAGUUUGUUAAGUCUUGUCGCUUCUCGUUAUGCUGUUAGUGUUUGCCGGCAAUCUGUCGUUCAUCCUGUAAAAUAACGGAUUGUAUGGUUCAUUAUGUACUUUAGCCAGUUGUCAAAGGUGAAAUAAAAUCCGUUUGCCUUAUUGAUUCUAUGCUCACUCCGCCACUACAGCCUUGGCUGCUAGAAUAUGCGCGGGAAAGUAUAUGUGCUACUGAAGCUGAUGGUCGAAAGGAUCAAUGCUGAAAUUUCCAGUACGACCCACAAGGCCACAAAGAUGGCCGGUUCAUCGUAGAAGCAAAAGGUGCACUGGCUCAUCACUUGAAUGUUAUCAUGCACUAGAGAUGGUUGAAGUUACAGACACGUGUUUGCUAAAUUACGGAGUGAAUAGUCCUUGUACAACUCGGAAAUCAUGCAGCAGGCAGUUAACUCAGGAACCAUGAGGAGUACGUUGCCACUUGCAAUUACCCGUAGAUAAAUAUAUUGGCAUGGUGCACACUAAAGCUUUCAGUGCUAAUUUCCAUCCAGUAUUGUCUUGUGCAAACUUUAGUGUUUAUAGCAAAUUAGCAUUUGUCCAAUUGUUUAUAGCAUGGGGAUCGGCAGUGACGGUACUGUCACCGGCGUCGGCAAGUACCUCAAGGAGAAGAAUCCCAAUGCGAAGAUCUAUGGAGUUGAACCUGCCGCCCAAGCAAAUAUUCUGAAUGGUGGCAAGCCAAGUAGCCUAUCGGGCUCUCUGUAAAUGAUGUAGUCUUCUUCUUUUAGUUUCUAUAUACUCAUGCUGCUAACUGAACCAAUCUGCAGGGCCUCACCUAAUCACUGCAAAUGGAGUGGGACUCAAGCCGGUCAUUUUGGACAUGGGCAUAAUGGAGAAGGUUCUUGAGGUAAGGAAUCAAAUCAAACUGGACUUAUGUUCUUUUCAUAGAAUAGAUUCUGUAGUUCUUGAUGCCCAUUUGCACGGGAGGUGCUACUGAUGGUGCUCCCAUCCAAAGGAUCGAUACAGAAAAUUUUAGUCCAACCACCGAACGCUGAUUGUUCACCAUGUGGCGCGGGUUAAUUAGACAAGAUGGCAGGGUAUUUUUUGCAAAAGUGUAGGCGAAGGCUGGUCCACCCAUCUGGCUGCCACUUGUCGCGUUGUGAUAGGCCCAGGACCAAAUCGUCGCAUCUAGUACAAGUUGGGGUAUGGUGGAGUUGCAUUUUGCAAGUUUGGGACUAAAACAUUACAUUCUCUGUAAGUUAGGGUACCUGGGGUGCUUUUACCUUCAAAGAAAAACGUUUGGGGCCGGCGCGCCGGCCGAAGCUUAGAGCAUCUCCAGCCGUUCGGCCCCCCAGGGCGCCGAAAAACUGCGCCCUGGGGGCGAGCCGGCGCUAGUUCGGCCCCUGGGGGCGGCCUAGCUCCCAGCCACGGCCCCAGGCCCCCCCCCCAGCCUUGGCAAAUUCAAACGUAGUUCAUUCCCGCGCCCAAAAAUAAACGCCACAAUCCGGCGAUCAAGCGGUGAUCGGCGAUCGAUGAAGAGUUUGGCGUACAAAAAUCAGAACAGAAACGUGCAUCAAACGGCGAGGUCGGCCUCCGGCGUCGGCGGAGUCGGCGUGCGCGGGCUUGACGGGGUCUCUGUGCUUGGCGGGUGGCUUCUGCGCUGUGGGCAGUCUCGGCGGCAUCAUCGGUCGGGCUUGUUGGCGGCUUCGGCGUGCGCGUGGGCGUGGGCGGCGUCGUCGUGGGCGUGGGCGUGGGCGGCGUCGUCGAGGGAAGCUGGUCCAGGAUGAGGCCGACAUGCGCCCUGUACCACGCCUUGACCGCCUCGUCGGUGCUCUGGAGCAUGUCCGCCCCGCCCAGCAGGAAAGCCAGGUCGGUGUUCCUCUUCUUCACGGCGACGUUGGUCCGGAGUAGGUCGAGCUUGACGGCGCUUGUCGACAUCAACGCCGACCACCGCGCCUCGGUCUUCUCUUCACGAAAGACGGCCCGGGCCUGUGCGUCGGCGAGGCAGUGAUGGAUGGAUUCCUGCACGCGAGCGGUGGCCGCGUCGGCGUGUUUCCCCUUCUUGGCACCUUUGUUGCCGUCCGGCCGCCCUUCUGACGUGCCCGAAGCCGGCGCGUCCGGCUUGUAUGUCUCCUUGGCCGGCGGGCGAGGGCGUGCGCUGGGCCGGGUGUCCAUGGGGGAACGUGACAUUUGGGUUGAACCCACCGUGCACGUCCCCGUCGGCGUAGCCCGGCGAUCCCCAUGGCUGCGGCGUCGGAGACCCGACACCUUGCUGACCCCAGGGCGCGUACGGCGCGUGGUUGCCGGAAGGAUUCAUCAUCCCCGCGCGUGCCGCCUCGGCCUCGGCCUGGUCCGCGGAAGCGGCAGCGGCACCCGUAGCCGCGUUGUCACGGGCCUUCUUGGCGAGGGCCCUGUUCCGCCGGUCGGCGGUGACGGCCUCCCGUCGCUGUACUUCUACCCUCCAAUCGGCGUUUGUCAUGCCCGGCGGCUUGGACGGCGGCGCCCUCGGCUUCCUCUGCUUCGGCUGGGCGACGGAGGCGGUCGCGGUUGCCGCGGCGCGGGGGACGACGUACUUCUUCGGUGCCAUGGCAGCCGGCUGGGAGGCGAGCGGGAGAGAGAAUGGCGGGAGGAAAGGAGAAAAUGGGAGGGAACUGGGGGAAAAGCGGGGAGAAACGGCGGGAAGAGGCGCUCGACUCGCCGACAGGGCGGACCCACGCGUGCCUUUUCGCUUGUGCCGGCGCUCCAGGCGCCCCCAGGGCGCCGGGUUCUGCCUGGGUCCGCCGGCACCAGAUUCGGCCCGAGCUGGCGAAAAACGGGCUUCUGGGGGGGACGACUGGGCCGUUUUUUCGGCGCCGGCGCGGCAAAAACGCCUGGGGAGGGCCUGUUAGGGGCGCGGCUGGAGAUGCUCUUAGGCUAGUCAUGCACGGCGCGUAACGAUUGGUGCUCUCCCCAGGUCACUACGCUAGGUGCUUUCUCUUUCCUUAUCCAUUGACGCGUUUACCUUUCCUUAUCCAUCCAUGCAUCGAUCUAUCUCUCCUUCCUCUGUUUCUUUCCCCACCACCGGUGACGUGC